CAGCGGUCCCGCGCGCAACUCGCGCCGGCGGGCGGGACCUACGGGACGCGGGCGCGGACGGCCGUCGCGGCUCGGGACGAGGCCACCCAGCCGCUUCGGGGCCCGGGCUGAGGCCGGCAAAAGUUGGGGCGGACGCGUGUGCCGGGCGGGAAGUGCAGAACCGUCUGAUCUGUAUACUGGUGCAGUCUGGAUUUCAGUAGUGAGUGUGAGAAGACUUCUGGGCUGCUUGCCGAAGUGGAGGAACUCCAGAGAAAGGCCUUCGUCAUCCCCAGGCCCAGGCAGAAGCAGCAGCUGCAUGGAGGAGAAAGGAAAGACGUUCUCUGCCUUGACUAUAGAGGAGUGUGGCCCUUCCUUCGAACCCCCUCUGGAUAUAUCCUCUGAGCAUCCACCAGGAAAGAUGCGGCAGCUCAAAGGAAAGCCCAAGAAGGAGACGUCAAAGGAUAAGAAGGAGCGGAAGCAGGCCAUGCAGGAGGCUCGGCAGCAGAUCACCACGGUGGUGCUGCCCACGCUGGCUGUGGUGGUGCUCCUGAUUGUCGUGUUUGUGUAUGUGGCUACACGCCCCACCAUCACCGAGUGAGCACUGCACAUGGACUCCUCGGGCAGGGAAAGGGAAGCAAAGGAAAAAUGGCUUUCAUCUGCAGAGAUGUUCUUGAUGCUGAGCUCUGAGCGGAGCACUCAUGUCUUCUCUGGUCUUUGACUUGAUUAAAGUUCUCUACUUUUCUUGGGAGGGAAUAGGGAAAGUUUUAUCAGUGAAUGUGCCAUACACCUUAUGGUCCACUUCAUGUGCCUUUCAGACUUCAAAGCAGAAAGUGAGUGUGUGUGUGUGUGUGUGUGUGUGUGUGUGUGUGUGUGUGUAUGUGCGUGUGUGUGUAUGUGUGUGUACGCGCGUGUGAGUGCGUGCACACUUUGGUGCAGUGUGUGUCUCGUCUCCUGAAAUCGAUAUAUAUAGUUCUACCUGGUCAGAGAGGCCUCUCGGGUCAUGAAGCAGCUGGAAAUAGUAUUCACCUCAUCCCCAUCGUCUGGAACAUGCUUUCCUAUACUUGUUCACAAUUUCCAAAGGGACUAUGUUUCUUUUCUGCUUAAUGUGAUUUGAAACAUGUUGAUUCAAAGUGAAAUAUUUAUUUUUGAAUAAAGGAAAUACUAGCCUUAAA